AUGAAAUUUGGACGACGGCGGCGAAGGACGAGUCCCACGAAGCCGACGGCGGUUGAGGACGAAGCAAAAAGGAAAGGAGCAGGGGUAAGAGUUAGCAAGUUUCUUCUUCUUUUUCUUCUGCUUCUUCUUGUGCCCACGCGACGAUCGAGUUUCAAAUAUUGUGCCAUCCGAGGUGCCAACAACUCCGGAAAGGACGACCCUCGCCUGCAUACACACACACAAGUCCUCCAGUCCAUUCUCGAGCUUCUGAUGAACACGGCGAUCGCGUGA